AUGAGCUAUGGAGAACCCCAUCUCAUCGGAGCUUCUCUACCGGACCUCCCUUCGGACCACGGAACAGUGCAGCAAGCUCCGCCACAGGUACCUACGACAUCUUCUUCUACGCCGCUUGUGGUCACAACAGCGGCAUCCGAUCCAAAAGACAGUGCCAAACACGAGCGUGGUAUCCAGUGCGUUUUGAUCGCCCCAACGGACAAACGGUCUAUGUCAACUGGCGCGAUCCUUGUUGGCCCCGGCAAGGUGUCAAUGUCCAAGAACAUCAUAUGGGACGAACGCAAGUCUGCGAAUCUUGUCGGGAAUCUUUUCGUGUAA